AUGGACGAUCCACCUCAGCCAGAUCCACCUCAGCCAGUCGACGAAUUUGGCCUCCCGCCUCCAACAGAACGCGAGCCAACUGCGGAUGACCCAGAGCCUGAGCCUGAACCUGAAGCGGCACCUCCACCUGAACCACCUGCGGAUGACCCAGCACCUGAACCUGAAGUUCCUGAACCUGAACCUGCACCACCUGCGGAUGACCCAGCGCCUGAAUCUGAAGCGGUUCCUCCACCUGCACCCCCUUCCGUGGACCCCGAGCAUGUUGACGCCACGCCGGCAGUGGUCAUAAAGGAGGAUGACACCUUGAAGAUUGUGCCAAUAAUCGAGCCGUCGCCAUCACCUUCAGUCGAGCCUCCUCCUGUCGAGCCUCCUCCUGUCGAGCCUCCUCCUGUCGAGCCUCCUCCUGUCGAGCCUCCUCCUGUCGAGCCUCCCGCUGUCGAGCCUCCCGCUGUUGAGCCUCCUGUAGCAAAGGAACCCGAGGCACCGAUUGCACCGGUCCCUGUACCAGACGACCAUGGCGUUGCAGCCACGACUAUCGAGACGACUAGCGUUGAGCCAGCAGCACUGGUCGUUCCACCCGAAGCACCUGUUGCCAUUGAACAAGUUGCAAGCCAUGAGGCUAUAGCGCCUGAGCCUGUGCCUGUCGCUGUGAUCGUUCCAGCAACAACCCGCGAAACACCCUUAGUCACGUCAGACAUCACGCCAGCCCCCGCUGUAGAACAGGAUGUCGUCCACCAUGAUACGGCUGCUAUAACGACAUCUGGAACGGAUACACCAGCCCCAUCCACCCGCACCAAUAUCACUCGAAUCACAGCUGCUAGCCUAGCGGAUUUGCCGACGCCUACAGAGGUUUUCGCCGGACACGCCGCUGAGCAUGCAACCACACUCACCAUGAAGGAUGGGGUCAUCUUUCACGAGUCUGGCGAAGCUCUGUACAGAAUCAACGACAGAACUUUUACCGAUAAGCAAAACGCGCCAGUCUUCGAUCUCCGCCGGGGACACUUCAGACGUUCAACGUGGAAGGUGAAGCCGAAGGUCACGAAGAGCGACAAGAAGAGCGACACGAAGAGCGACACGAAGAGCGUCACGACGAGCAAAAUCCGAAUCAGAGCUCGACAGCACUACGGUGUCUUCAAAGUGCCAAUGCCGCCCAUGAGUACAGGUGGUCACAAAAACCGCGAAGCCGUCCUGCACGCUAACCAACUUCGUCUUGGAGCAACCAAGUCGGCGUUUGAGAACAAAGCCAUUGUUGGUAUGGUCGACAAUGACAAGAUGCACGUUGCCAAAGGUUUCGAUCUUGCACUCGCAGGAGCAAUAUGGAAGGCACAAACGGAUACAUCCCAGAAGCAUGCCCGCCGUCAGUCUGCUUUUGCUAAACUGAAGACCAAGAAAUUGACAAAGAAACCCAAAGUGAAGUCGACCAAGUCGAGCAAGUCGAACAAGUCGAGCAGCCACUCGGCGGCCACAGUUUGA